CCUUGGCGCUCCCGGACAGGCCGCAGGGGGCGGGCCGGGCCCGGCGCAGGCGCCGCCGAAGGCUCGCGGCGGAGGGCAGCUGGGCCCGGGACGGCGGCUCCAUGCGCUGCCAGGUCUCGGUGCUGUAUUUCGCCCGGAGCGCGGAGCUGGCGGGGCUGCGCAGCGAGACCCUCUCGGUGCCACGGCAGAUCACCUCUCUGCAGCUCUGGGAGGAGAUCGUCAAGGCCCACCCCAGGCUUGCUGUCAUCCAGGAUCAAGUGGUUUUUGCUGUUCGGCAGGAAUACGUGCUUCUUGGAGAUCAGCUCCUGGUCCUUCAGCCUGGAGACGAGGUUGCCAUCAUCCCACCGAUUAGUGGAGGCUGAACCUGCCCAGA